GCACGCGCCUCAUUACUCCUUGCCGUCUCCCAACCAUGUCCUACAAAUCCUCUGCCUACCGCAACCACAACGCCCCAGACCACCAGGAAAACAACUUCCGCAAGCAAGCACAGCAGCUUCAAGAAGCUUUUCCAACCUGGUCCAAUGAAGACCUUUCCUCACUCCUCGCAGAAGUCGGUGGCGAUUUGUCCCUUGCUGCAGACCGCAUCACAGAAGGUCACGCUGAACAGUGGGGUGCUGUAACCCGUAAGAAAGACAAGAAGCUUGUUCCUUCCCAGUCCCAUGCCAGGGACUCCAGCAUCAGCAGAGAUCGUAGUGACUCUCGUGGAGGUCGCGGCUCGCGCGGUGGCAGAGGUGGUGGUCCUGGCCGUGGUGGAGCCACCACGCGCGGCAGAGGUGGCAGAGGUGGCCUUGCCAACGGUCAUACUCCCCGUUCCCAGUCCAUCACCAAGGAUGGUACUUCAGUCGAAGUAGCCGCUCCCGAAGGAAUUGUCUCCACCCCUGCAGACCAGUCUGCUACCGCAGAGACUCAGCCGGAAGACAAGGAUGCUUCCGUCCAACCCUCUGCUUGGGGCUCAGGUCCUCCUCAAGUCAACGGUACCAGCAGCUCGACCCCCUCUACCUGGAGCAAGAUUGCUGCUGGUCCCGCUAAAGAGUCUCCGGCUCCUUUGGCUCCUGCGCCUUCUGCUCCUACUCCAGCUGCACAGGCUCCAGUUACGAAGGCUCCAGUUGCAAAGGCUCCAGCUCCACCCGCGACCAAAGCUCCUGCCAAGGCGCCAGGCCCCAUGAAGUUAUCUUGGGCUCAAAUUGCAAAGCCACAAGAGAAGCCUGCACCUCCUCCCGCGCCUCCUGCAAUUCCACCCCCUGCCCCGGCUGCAGCGCCCGCCCCAGAGCCAAAGGCUGAGCCUGAACCCCCUGCCCCGCCUGCUCCCGAAGUCAUACCAGCCACUGACGGAUGGGAGGAACCGACCACUGUCCAAGCACCGACUUGGGAUGAUGAACAGCCGCAAGCUAAACCGACUGCUCAGGAUCCAAAGGGCACCUCCGCUGAGCCUACACAAGAUUUGCCAGAAUCACCGGUCGCUGCGAUAAAGGAGGAAUUACCCGCAGAGCCUGUCCCUGCUCCCGAGCCUGCUGCCCCAGCGAUGGCGGAUGAGCCAGUCGCUGUUGCCAUCACGCCUCGCUCGCCUGCUGUCGCUCCUGCACGUCCCGCGGUCUCCUCGCACCGCAGCGCAGGCAGGUUUAAGACGACUGAUCAAGCAGUUGUCAUGCCUAACUCGAACUUCGCUCCUGGGCUCGACAAGGUAGGCAUGCAGUUCGGCAGUCUCAGCCUCGGCGGCGAUGCCAUUGAGCCUAUCCAAAAUGAACCCACUCCCGCGGACCUCGCCCCAUCAAAGCCUCAGCAGUCUCCUCAGCAGUCCAUGCAGGCGGUAGCUCCCUCUCAGCCUUCUCAGGCCCCGCCCCAACCCACAGAACAUACGUUGCCCUCCACCUCCCCAUCUCAGUCAUCCCUUGCACCCUCUUCCACCAAUCAGUACUCAUCAUCCGUGUCCUCCCCGCUCUCCACUGUGCCCCAGCCCCCGUCUUCUACCCAACCAUCUCAAUCAUCCCUCUCCUCCACCAUCUCCCACACCCCUAUCCUCUCGUCAAGUCAAUCUACCCUCUCAUCCGCAUCUCUCUCCUCCUUCUCGCAGCAACAACCCCAGUCCUCGGUACAAAGUUCGACCAACUCUCUUUCUAACCAUCAACAACCCCAGGCUCCCCUCAACCAACACUUGCACUCCCAGCAUCACUACAACCACCACGGUCUCUCCACCCACCUUGAGACUUCCCAGAGCCCCGCCCAACCUUCUCCCUCCCACCCCACUCAAACUUCACAACAGCCUCCGUCUGCCGCAAGCUACUCCCACUUCAGGCAGCCUGAGGCCCCCUACUUCCACACUCACACUCCCCCCGCUGGUCAAGGCCAGGAUUAUGGUGCCUUCGGAGUACAGCUGGGACAACACCAAGGUCAGGCCUCGCACCUGUCUGGGUUCAGCAAUGAUUAUGGGUAUGCGGACAACCAAAGGGGUCUUUACGACUCUUAUUCCCAGUCGCCUGGUUUUGGUAACAACCGCACCCUCCUUGGUCAUGACGAUGUGAAGGGCCUGCCUGGUUCGCAGCAGCUGCCCGGCAACAACGUACUUUCGCAGUCCAACUCGCAGUCGUCUCAACUCCCCCCUUCUCAGGGCGGUGCCCAGCCACACGCUUCUGGUGGCCAGGCACCUCCUCAAGGCUACCCUCAGGCUGUUCCUUACUACUACCCCUACCCUCAAAACCAGUACUACGGUUCUCCGUACAACUCUGGCUACGGUGUGCCCCAGCCGUACGUCAAGUACCCAGCUAUGUUCCCGCCCGGGCCACCUGCUCAGGGCGGCGCGCCUUCUCCUGCUGGCAACAAAGGCCCUUCGUCCGUCCAGGCCCAGAGCGAUCCUUACGGACGCGGUCUCUAUGGCCAGCAGCAGCACCCCUCCUCCGCAUAUGAUGACCUGUACUCCCAGCAGCACGCCCACAGCCCAAGCAUCAACAACAUCCCCUCCAACGACUACAAGCACCAACAGCUGUACGGUGGCCAGGGUGGCCUUCAGAACUUCAUGGGCCUAGGCGGGGGCAACAGCAACCCGUCAGCUCCUCCUCUCACUGGGCGCGCAGGCGGCACCUCCCCCGAGGCGGCGUACAAGCCAUACUCGCAGAACAUCGGCGGCAAGGACUCGGGCGUCGGGCAAGGUGGCGUCGGUCAGCCCGGCCAGCAGACGCGCGGCGGCGUGCAGCAGCAGAGCGGCUUCUACGGCAACCGCUUUGGCGCAGGCAACGCUGCCGGCGGUCCGCAGGGCCAGCAGUCGCAGCACAGCCAGCCGCCCAACCAGGCGGGGCCGCAGUCGCACGGCGGCUACCCUCAGGGCAACUCGGACGGUAACUUUUACUCGUACCAGCCCAGGCAGCAGGGCUACUGGCAGUAAUCAUCCACUCGUAUUAAUCUCCACGCUGUGACACGAUAAUCUCCCUCUCCCCCUUCACUUUUUUUUAACCUCGUCUUUCCUUUUUUUCCCCCUCUUCCUUCUUCCUUUCUUAUUUCUCUCUUCAAGCAAGCCACCUGUGCUCUAGUUCAGUCGCCUCUCAACCACUGCCCUCUGACCGAUUGCAUUUCGUCCUCACUCUGUUCAUUAACCUACCAUACUCCACGACGCAGCAGUACGCAUCGCAUUGUACGUUUCCAGUGAUUGCACGAUCCACCCAAAAACACC